GUAGAAAAGGAUAAUAGGACUGCGUCGGAAUCAGAAACCCUAGAACUUCCUUCAUUCUCAUUUCGCAGAAUCCGUAUUUCACUGCAAGCUCCGAUCGCCGAUCGCCGGUUUCCGGUUGCGAAUUUACUCUCAGGGUUAGGAAAUGGCGGAGGAUAAGCCGGUGGAGAUCGUCGAUGACGUCAACGUUGGCGGCGACGGUGCCGAUGGCGUCGAUGAUUUUUAUGACGCUACUCAGACGGCAUCGCUGAGCCGGAAGGUGAGUUCGUUGGAGUGGGAGAAAGGGGAACUGGAGCGAGAGAAUAGGGAGACUAAGGAGAAGAUUGGCCAACUGAGUAAGGAGAUUGAGGUUUUGAAGAGCGGCGAGAAGGAGAUGAAGCAGAAGCUCAGGGAGAUGGAGUUGGAGGUGGAGCGGAAUGAUGAGGGGAAGAAUGUGCUGGAGACUGUUGCGAAUCGAGCCAUGGAGCUUGAGACCGAGGUGGCAAGGCUUCAACAGGAUUUGAUCACUGCUAUGGCGGAAGGCAAGGAGGCGAAUACUGAGCUUGCGGAGGUGAAGCGAGUGUUGGUAGAGAAGGGGGAGAAAAUUGAUAGCUUGGAGAAGGAGAUUGAGACUCUGAAGAAAGGGAAAUCUGAGUGUGAGAAGAGGGUUAGGGAAUUGGAGAGGAAUGUUGGGGUUCUGGAAGUGAAGGAAACUGAGGAGAAGAGUAAGAGGGUUAGGGCGGAGGAGGAGAUGAGAGAGAGGCUUGAAGCGAAAGAUGGUGAAGUCAGUCUGCUCAAAAGGAAAAUUGAGGAGUUGGAAUCAGUGAUUGGGAAGCAUGGUGUUGAGUUGCAGAAGUCGAUGGAGGAAAAGAGCAAGGUUGAGUUAGCGUUGAGGGAAUCUGAGGAUAAGUCUAAGGCUAUGGAAUUGAAGAUGGGACAACUGCAGAAGGAUAUGGUGGAGGCUGGAAGGGUUAUUAGUGAAGCGAAGGAGAAGACUGUUGGGGUCAUUAAUGGGACUGUGAAUGAAAUGAAGGAGAUUUUGGAAGGUGGAAAUGAGACAGGAUCGAAGGGAUUGAGCUUGCCUGUGGUUGCAGGGUCUGCUGGAGCCAUUUUUGCUGUGGCCGCUGUUGUCUUUGUGCUGUAUGGAAGGCGGAGGUGAUUAUACUAUGCAGCAAUUGAGAAAAAAUGCUGAGCGGGGAGAAAGCUCAAGGUUAGGGCUUAUUGCUUAAGAGCAUGUUACAAUUUUGUCAGAAGUACUGGAGGCUUUUUUUUGGCUUUGUUUUUUUACUAGCCUAUCAAUGUCUUGUUAGCUCUAAUUUUUGAAGCUUUCUUGUUCAGUUGACAUGCUAUGGUUGUGGACAAAUUACAUAAAUAUAUAUUUUGAAGGAUUAUUGUGUCUGUCAUCUCUAUGAUAUUUGUUAUGACUGUAUGGUACA